UACAGGAAGUUGCAGGAUUCUCUUCCGUUUCUAGCCGGGCGCUGUUCAGCACGCGUACCGCGUAUUGCAGUUUUUACAACGGAUUAAAAUAUAAUUUCGGUAUAAUUCUGGCUACACGAACACGUCGAUUAUGAAACCCAUUCUUCUACAGGGCCACGAGAGGUCCAUCACUCAGAUCAAAUACAACAGAGAGGGGGACUUAUUGUUCUCAGUAGCCAAAGAUACAGUUACCAAUGUUUGGUACUCUGUCAAUGGAGAAAGACUAGGCACCUAUAAUGGACACACAGGUGCCGUUUGGUGUGUGGAUGUUGACUGGGACACCAAGAACGUAUUGACUGGAUCCGCCGAUAACAGCUGCAGACUAUGGGACUGUGAGACAGGAAAGCAGUUAGCUCUGCUGGAGACCAGCUCAGCGGUGAGAACAUGCGGCUUUGACUUCAGUGGAAACAUCAUCAUGUUUUCCACAGACAAACAGAUGGGUUACCAGUGCUUUCUCAACUACUUUGACCUGCGAGACCCCCAACAAAUUGAGGACAAUAACCCGUAUCUGUCCGUACCCUGUAGCGAGUCCAAGAUCACGAGUGCAGUGUGGGGUCCACUGGGAGAGUUUGUGAUCGCCGGCCACGAAAGUGGAGAAAUCAAACAGUUCAGCGCUAAGUCAGGGGAGAUUCUGAAGACUGCAAAGGAACACACCAAACAGAUCAAUGACAUACAGUCAUCUGUGGAUCUCACAAUGGUCAUCAGUGCCUCCAAAGAUUGUACUGCUAAGCUGUUUGACUCCGCGACACUUGAGCACAUCAAAACCUUCAAGACAGAGCGGCCUGUAAAUUCAUCAUCUAUCUCGCCUAUUAUGGAUCAUGUGGUUAUGGGAGGUGGUCAGGAAGCCAUGGAAGUCACAACCACCUCUACGAGGAUCGGCAAAUUCGAGGCCAGGUUUUUCCAUGCAGCUUAUGAAGAAGAGUUUGGACGUGUGAAGGGACAUUUCGGCCCCAUUAACUGUGUGUCCUUCCACCCAGAUGGAAAGAGUUACAGCAGUGGAGGAGAGGAUGGUUAUGUCAGAAUUCAUUACUUUGAUCCUCAUUAUUUUGACUUUGAACUUGAGGCGUAAUAACCUCAGGUAAACCCACAUUUUUCACACCAUCUGACCUGCCCAGGAACAGCUGACAUCAGAGUAUGAGGACAGAACACAGACUGCAUUUAAGAUCUUUAAUGCUAUGUAUAUUUAAUGUUCUCAAUAAACUGGGUUUCGGAAUA